AUGUCUAGUUGCGCGGAUGAUUGCUCCACCUUUUUGAGCGAUGAAACGCUUCAGGAGGCAUACGAGCUUAAUAUCCUGACAAAGAAAGGCAGUUGUAUCAGAUUUGGCGAGCUUGUCGCGGGUAAAGGAGACUCGGUAACCACGAUUGUCAUCUUUGUGCGCCAUUUCUUCUGUCUGUACGACCAAGACUAUGUCAAAUCACUAUCCAGCAAACUCACUCAGACCCUCUUCGAUACGAUACCGGCUAGUGCCAAACCAGCCCAAGUGAUCAUCAUCGGGUGCGGCGACCAUUCCCUUAUCGUGCCCUACAUGGAAGAAACCACCGAUGCUUUCCCUAUCUACACCGAUUCCUCGGGGAAAUUAUACGAGACUCUGCACAUGAAAAGGACUACGCAGGGAUUUACCACUCCACCACCCUACACACCAGAAUCUUUUCCUAGUGCUUUGGGCAAAUGUUUCAAGCAGAUGUGGAAACGGGGGUUGGUAGCACUGAGAGGUGGCAAUUGGAAUCAGCAGGGUGGUGAAUGGAUCUUUCAACGAGGCAAACUUCGAUAUGCACACCUGAUGGAGGGGGUCAAUGACCAUCUCACGGCAGAUGAGUUAUUUCAAGUCUUAAGGACAAACGAGGGACAGGAUAGUCUAUCACAAUCUCCAACUCUAGAUAGCGAAGGGAGAGAUGAGCAAAGAACCUCUCGGGAAAGCGUUGAACGGACGUAG